UAUUAAUACUGCCAUUAAUUUUAUCACUGAAGUAAAGAGGUUAAAGCUAUAGAAUAGCAUCAUGUCGUACAUGCUGCAGCAUCUUCACAAUGGCUGGCAAGUUGAUCAGGCCAUUCUCUCUGAAGAAGAUCGAGUAGUGAUUGUUCGAUUUGGUCAUGAUUGGGACCCAACAUGCAUGGUCAUGGAUGAGACGCUAUACAAAUGUGCAGAAAAGAUGAAAAACUUUGCGGUGAUUUUUCUGGUGGAUAUCUCAGAGGUUCCAGACUUCAACAAGAUGUACGAGUUGUAUGACCCAUGUACAUGUAUGUUCUUCUACAGAAACAAACAUAUAAUGAUUGAUUUGGGAACAGGCAACAACAACAAAAUUAACUGGGCAAUGGAGGACGUGCAAGAAUUCAUUGACAUAAUUGAGACUGUGUAUAGAGGAGCUAGAAAAGGCAGAGGUCUUGUGAUCUCACCUAAAGAUUAUUCUACAAAGUACAGAUACUGAUUGGUUGCAUACUUUAGUGUUCAUGUCUUUGUGCAUAAAUUUACAUGUUUCAUCAGUAAGGCUUUGUGAGUAUCAAGCAAAUAAAGUAUGUGUAAUUGGAAAAUAGAAAUGUGACUAGACUGCAUGAAGUGUACAUUGUAUGAAUGAACUUUAGAAAGGUAUAUAAGCACAAAUUUCUCAAAUUUUCAAUAUUCUGUGCAAAGUUUUAAGGUCAUUAUGGUUAUCUACUUUGUUAAGUACUUCUUAUUUUACAAGUAUGUUAUCCACAUUUAAUAUAAUUUGAAAGAAGUUUGGACUAUGGUUCCAAAAAUAUUUUACAAUCAAACAUAAACAGUAUAAUGUGUUUUGUCUGUAGAAUUAUGGCUUUGCCAGUAUUACUAUAUACAAUUAAAAAAAUUAUAAACUAAGAAAGAAAAGUUUAUUGUGAAGGAAGAAAUUUUGUUGAUUAAGGACUUAAUCAAAAUUUUACACUGUAAAUGUUUGGAGUGACUGAACUGUAUUUUAUAUUUUAGACUGUUUAUGUUUUAUAUGGUGUAAUUGUAGUAAGACUAUUGUGAAGGAAGUGUUGAAUAAAACAAGUGAAGCAAUAAGAAAUGU